UACGUACAGCGCCUCAGAGCUUGUGGGCGUCUCGGAGCGGGAGGGGGCGGGGGGAGUGUCUCGCCCGCGCCAGCGACUGCGCCAGGCCGGACUCUGGCGCCAUGGAGGAGUACGCUCGCGAACCUUGCCCAUGGCGAAUUGUGGAUGAUUGCGGUGGAGCUUUCACCAUGGGUGUCAUUGGUGGUGGAGUCUUCCAGGCUAUCAAGGGCUUCCGCAAUGCCCCUGUUGGAAUUCGACACCGGUUCAGAGGUAGUGUCAAUGCUGUGAGGAUCCGAGCACCCCAGAUUGGAGGUAGCUUUGCAGUGUGGGGAGGUCUGUUUUCCACCAUCGACUGUGGCCUGGUCCGGCUACGAGGCAAAGAAGACCCCUGGAACUCCAUCACCAGCGGAGCAUUGACUGGAGCUGUGCUGGCUGCCCGCAGUGGUCCUCUGGCCAUGGUGGGCUCUGCGAUGAUGGGGGGCAUUCUGUUGGCCCUCAUUGAGGGUGUUGGCAUCCUUCUCACCCGCUAUACUGCCCAGCAGUUCCGCAAUGCACCCCCAUUCUUGGAGGACCCCAGCCAGCUAACCCCUAAAGAGGGAUCUCCGGCCCCAGGUUAUCCCAACUACCAGCAGUACCACUGAGGAAGCCGCUGCCUGACCCUGCCACCGUGGGAGCCGUUCCUCAGUUCCCUCCCGGAUGAUCUACCUCCAAGGGAGGACUGGCUCCUACAUAGCCCUGAGAGGCCUUCACAGAGGGCCUCUAGUCUACUCUGGUUUUGUGGUAGGGGUGGGGGCACCCCAGCAGCCUUGUCGUAUGGGUUCCCUUUUUGUGUCUUAGGGCAUCCCAGCUUCACACGUGUAACAAUUCUCUUACCCCAGAGCCCUCAUGUGGCACCCUGAUGAAUGUUUAAAGCCAGUUUUGAAAUGUC